AAUUACCAUCUAUAAUGUACACCAUCUCUGCUGAAAAAAAAAAACAGUGUAGUGUAAACUAUAACCCAAAUAUACAGUGAACGUGCGCUAGAUUAUUAAUUGUGAAGGCGAUUUUCAAAAUCGUGAUAAAUUUUAUCGUACUCGAAAUAGUGUUUAACAAAAUGUAGUGAAAUGUGCGGGAAAAUAUAAUCUUGAAAAUUACACCAGCUUACCUACUUUAAUGCAUAUUUUUUUCUGGUAAUUUGAGCUAUUUUUUCCCCCUCAGUGAUAGCAAAAUGUUUUAUAUUAUUUGGUCGUUGUUAAAUUACUCGAGUUUUCGGCACGUACGAGUAUUUGCAAUAAAAUCCAGAUAACAAAUGUGCACUUAUGACCCUUCGUACAAUAUUUUUAGAAAAUUUUUAAUCACGUGGACUCGUGUCCUGUAAUCAUGUCGAAUCAUGGACUAGUAUUUUUCGUAUUUUUAAGCAUAUCCUCACUAUCGAGAGGAUUCGUCUCUAUACCUCCAUUAAAUAAUACUCAAACCGGAGUUAGUCCGAAUAAUUCAAACGUAACCACGGAAAAAAAUCACACUGCUCUGGAGAAAAUCUACCGUGAGAUUUACAGAUUGACUGACGAAGUAUCACCUAUCUCUUACGAGCUGAGAUUUGUGCCCGAUUUUAAGAACUGGACUUUCUUCGGUAAAGUAGAUAUCUCGAUUCGAGUGAAAUUUACUACCAAUAAGAUCAUUCUUAAUAGCAGAAAUCUGACUCUACAAAGCGUAAAGGUUUUCAAAAUCGAUACGUCGAAGAUACUCGUCAACACUAGUCACAAAUUGGACGAAUUUAAUGAUUUACUGAUCAUUGAGACUUGGCAGUCCUUGCCUUUCGGUACGGAUUAUAUCGUUGUGAUCGAAUUUCAAGGUGUGAUUGGGGAUAAUUUGCAAGGAUUUUAUCGCAGUUCUUAUUCUAUUGGGUCUGAAGAAAGAUGGAUAGUAGUGACCCAUUUCGAGCCAAAUUAUGCCCGUCAAGCAUUUCCUUGCUUCGACGAACCUCGUUUCAGAACUCCAUUCACAAUUUACUUGGCUCGGUUUCCAGAACAAUUCGCUGUAAGCAAUAUGCCCUGGGAAAAUCGUCUGCCUUCUGACUCUAUGAGCGGUGGAGAUCGUCUAUGGGAAAAAUUCCAAAAAUCUCCAGCUAUGCCAACCUACUUGGUAUCGUUCAUGGUAUCAGAUUUCUCCUACAUUACCGAAACCGAAGGCAGAAUUCGAAUAAUCGCGAGAAAGAAUAUACUCAAAAAAGGAGCGUACGCUUUGAAGCAAAGCACCAAAGCACUCAAGACACUCGAAGAUUACAUCGGUAUUUCGUACAAGUUACCAAAACUGGACCUCGUAGCUGUGCCAGAUUUCUCCAGUGGAGGUAUGGAAAAUUGGGGUAUGGUCACUUUCAGGGAACAAACUCUGCUGACAGAUGAGUCAACGAGCAGUGCUCAACAUAGACAAGAUAUUACUCAAACCAUUACUCACGAAUUGGCUCAUCUAUGGUUUGGAGACUUGGUCACACCAGUAUGGUAUAGUUACUUAUGGCUCAAAGAGGGAUUUGCUACAUACUUCGGAGCAUUUGCAACAGCUACGUUCGAACCAACGUGGAACCUCGAUCAUCUAUUCGUAAUAGAAAAGGUGCAAGUAUCCUUAUUGCAUGAGACGUUCGCCGUAAGGUCAAUGACAUCGAUGAUUAAAAAAGCUUACCAAAUUGAAGGCGUAUACGACAUCAUCAGUUACAAUAAAGCUGCCUCUGUAAUUAGAAUGUUUGAGCAUAUGGUAUCGCCCAACACGUUCAGAAAUGUGCUCCAUAACUUCAUCAGCGACGGAGAAAAAGUCCACGAAGGUGUUGUAAUCGAGAAAAAUCUAUUGGACGCGUUCGAUAUCGAAUCACAACGUUAUACUUCCAAUAUAUUGCCUCGUUUGUCUGUCGUCCAAAUAAUUAAAAGCUGGACGGAAAAUAUUGGAUAUCCUUUGAUUUAUGUGAAUCGUAGUUACGACGAUGGGAAAAUGAAAAUUACUCAGUCGCCUUAUAAACCCAUCAAUAUUUCUUCACCGAUAAAAUUUCAAAACUGGAUAGUUCCUUUGACGUUCACUACGAAAUCCAAACUGCAAUUCUAUGACACUAGACCAGCCUACUGGUCUUUGGUCGAAGGACCGGUACGAAUAGAAGAAAAUACUUCCAGUACGGAUUGGGUUUUAUUCAAUUUACAACACGUUGGAUAUUAUCGAGUGAACUACGAUAUGAAAAAUUGGGAUCUUCUGAUCGAACAACUGAAGCAAGAUCAUCAAAAGAUACACGUCUUGAAUAGAGCCCAAUUGAUCAGCGACGCAUAUGCUUUGGCUUACGAUAAAUAUUUGAGCUACCGAGUGCCCAUAAAAUUAACAGAAUAUUUAGUCAACGAGACUGAUAUGAUUCCUUGGUAUGCAGUUAUUCAACAGUUGAACUUCUUACCAUUGCGAAGCAGAUUGGAUCCUGGAGAUAGUAGCGAUCGAUUUUUUACAAAUUAUCUACGCGAUUUGUUUAAAAAAUCGUACCAAACGAUCGGAUUCGAAAUCCAAUCAAACGAUAGCCACGUGACAAAAAUAGUAAAACCUCAGUUUCUAACGUGGGCUUGUAGCUUGAACAUUGAAGACUGCGUUCAAAAAUCACUCGACCAUUACGAGAGACAUAAAGCCAACCUCACCAAAAUCCAGCCAGAUUUGAAACCAGUGGUGUAUUGUUUCGCUCUGAGGAACUCCACAGAUCAAGAAAUGGUUUUCCAUAAUUUAUGGGCCACGUUUUUGAAAUACGACGAUUCUUUCGAAAAACACCAUAUUCUUGCAGCUUUCGCUUGCGCCACGGAUACAGCAGUUAUUAAAAAAAUACUGUCGAAAAUGAUGGAUCCAAAAAACAAAGAAAUUCGAAAACAAGACUGGUACGCUUUCUAUAGUUCGGCAGCGAUACAUUUAUCAUCAGGAACAGCGAUUCUUGAAUUUGUCGAUGAAAAAAUCGAUAAAAUACCCUAUCUCAACCAAGAAGGAGUCACAUUUUUAGAAAAUCUGCUCAGAAGGGUAGUAUACACCGAUGAUCGUUUACAACAGCUAAAACAAUUAGAAAUCAAAUUCGGCUCGCUGGAUCAAAACAAAUAUGGAAAUAUUACGGAGAUAAUGAAAAAAAUACAAACCAAUAUGCCCAACAUCAUCGAGCGAAAUUUGAAAAAGCUCGAACGUAUACAUACAGAGGUAUUCCAGUUGAAUGAAUCGUCGUCGACGACGACCACGUCAGAAACUAAACAAUCGCCGAGUUCUGGAGCUACGAUUUCUAUUUCGAUAUUUGUAUCACUUCUGUGUUCUGUUUUAUCAGUGUUGAGAUAUUCCUUAUUAUUUUUAGAUUUGUAAAGCCGUAAUAUUAUAUUACCUACUUACUCUUAAGAAGAAAAAAAAAAAAAAAAAAAACUGUUUUUAUGUUCAAUUA